GGUUAGGUACGAGUCGACACCAUAGGCUUCAGGUUCGUGAUAUGUAGCUGGUUAAUUCAUUUGUGUUUCGAGUGGCUACGGGUCAGCGUGCUUCCAUACUCGUCUAACAUUGCUAUCAAAGAAUUACUUCCGCUUAAAUUGAAAUGAAAUAUUUGGUUGUAGGAGUCAUCACUGCUGUGAUCAGCAUCAACACCAUUAGUGCUCUGCAGUGUAUGCAAGGGGUGGAAGUGAAGCAAGCCUCAGGAAACAGCAAUGGAGCGCAAAAGCAAGAGAAACCUUUGGAGAUCAUGGAGUGUGGAGCGGCAACCGCAUUGGCUUCCACGGCAUUGCUGUUUGCGGUGAAACCAAGCACAAUCUCUUUCCCAUCGGGCGACUACAAAUGCUACCACCUGAAAUAUGAUGAAAAGAACAGCGAGUCAUCGACUAUCAUUAAGGGAUGUAUUUACAAGUCGCUGAACGUUUGCGAUGGAAAAUUUACGUCGGAAAAUAUUCGGGAAGCGUUCUGCAGUCAGUGCGACCUGGAUGCUUGCAAUUCGGCCGGUCGAUAUGGAAUCGACCUCAAGCUAUUAGGUCUCAUUGUGGUCUCCGUAAUAGCAUUCCUAAUGAAAUAAGGCGUGUCAGGUGGAAUACUGUGCUCGUUGUGAUGAUGCAUAUGUACGUAGGUUUUGUCGGAAGAUGAUCUAAGCGUUCACAGUGUUUGUAAUUAGCAAAUAAGAUAGUAGGAAACAGCAAAAACUCACCAAAGUAUAUCGGUUGGAAACAUUCGUACAAAAAUGAUACCAUUUUAAAAAGGAAAGCAAUUAAGACCGAUUUGCUUAGUGGUUAGCUCAGGAUUAAUUGACGCCUUCGAUAGAUGUAAGCAUAAAUUUUGAUCAAUAGAAACUAUCAACGAAUAAAGAUCGAAGCUUGAAUUUUGUA